AUGGCGCUCAACGGUGAGGGAAUCAUUUCUCGCACGGCGCAAGAUGUAGACAAGGAUGUGCAGUUGAGACUAAGCAACUGGGAAAACGAAUCGUGGAAAGAGUGGCCAUCAAAGGCUCAGUUUGAAGGGUUAGAGGAACACCGUGGACCAGUCCAGCUGAAGGUCAAAGGCACCAUUCCAUCUUGGGCCGCUGGCUCUUUAUUCAGAACCGGGCCGGGUCUGGACAGAGUGGAGGGCACAUCCAAGGGCACGCAUUUUAUCCAGCACUGGUUUGAUGGCAUUGCCCAUAGUCAUCGAUUCGACAUCAUCCCGCCUGAAUCAGCCGAGGGCAGCGCAACUGUUACGUAUUCUUCCCGUCGACAUGCUGAUAGCGCCGUUGCCGAGAUUAAAGAGAAAGGUUGGCAAACGAGCAUCUCAUUUGCUCAACGGGCUGACCCGUGUAUUGGACUAUUCGCAAAAGUCAUGACCAUCUUUGUCCCUGGCAAGUCCAACAAUAACGUUACUGUCGUCCCAGAUAUGCCUGGUGGCGACGACGUGAAGCAAGGAGAUGCGUCCAAAGGCAAGGCCUUGUAUGUCCUCACCGAUAGCGCUACUCUUAGCAAGCUUGACCCCAAGACUCUUGAGCCUAUUGGCAAUGCUAGACAGACGUCGCUUCACCCAGACUUGAAAGGUCAAAUUUCUUGCGCUCACACGCAGCGCGAUCCCGAAACUGGAGACUUGUUCAACUUCAACCUGGAGAUUUCUUCUCAUCCUACCUAUCGUAUCUUUCGCGUCAAUGCAAGGGAUGGGAGUGUCGACAUUCUCGCCACUAUCUCAGGCAAGAACUAUCCGGCGGCGUAUAUGCACAGCUUCUUCAUGACGGAAAACUACAUUGUGUUUUGUGUCCAGUCGACGCAAUAUGCCUGGUCCGGCAUGAAGAUUCUCUGGGAGAGGAAUAUUCUCGAUGCCAUCAAGCCUUUUGAUCCUACUAUUCCGUGCACAUGGGCAGUUGUGGACAGGAGACAUGGCAAGGGAGUUGUCGCAGAGUUUUCUACCCCGGCUGGUUUCUUCUUUCACUCGGCCAAUGCCUUUGAAGAAGUUGUAAAGGAUGAAAGCGGGAACAGUCAUACGGAGAUUAACAUGGAUGCAAUCUCGUACAACAAUACCGACAUCUUGCACAUGUUCUACUACGACAUCCUUCUAGACCGAGACGGUGCCACAAAGAAGACUAUGCUUGACAAGCAGUUUUACAAAACCACUCAGAACCGCUUAUCACGAUAUCGCUUCAGAAUCCCAUCAAAGCCACAGUCGUCCAAGGAAAAGGCGUCCGCCGUGGCAGAAGAAGUGCUCUCUAUUCCCGCUCCUCAUGUCGGCGAGCUUCCAACCAUCCACCCUAAUCGUGCUGGCAAGCCAUACCGAUACGUCUACACCGUAAACAACAGAGGCCUUUACGUCUUUGCAGACUCCAUCGCCAAGACGGACACGCACACCAAGGGGGCUCUGAUCUGGAGCGGACCCAAGGGACAUUCCCCCGGAGAGGCGAUUUUCGUCCCUCGACCGGGAGGCACGGAGGAAGAUGACGGGGUGCUGUUGUCGGUGGUGCUGGAUGGAACGCUGGAGAGGUCAUAUUUGCUGUGUUUGGAUGCGAGGACGAUGGAGGAGGUUGGUAGGGCAGAGGCGGAUUUUGCGAUUCCGAUUAGUCUGCAUGGGGCGCAUCAGGCUAAGGGACGCCUUUGA